AUGCCGCCUCGCAUGCUCCGCCCGGCACGGAUGCCCCGCCUUCCUCUACAAACGACACACCAACACCACAAUCCCUCCUUCUUUCAAUCAUCUCGUGCGAAAUCCACCCUUCGCCCCGACCCCAAAGACUCGGGCUCCAAAAAGGAACGCCGCUGGAAACCAAUCCCCGUCGCCCUUGGAGUCGCGUUCCUUGGUGCUUUCCAGCUCUACCGCAUCAACAAACGGGAAAGAGAAGAGGUUCGCCGCCUCGAGCCCGACGAUGACGAUGCUUCGCCUGCGAAACGGCGGCAAAGGAUCCGACCAUCGGGACCCUGGACGGUGCAGGUCAUGAGCACCAUCCCACUCAAAGCCCUCUCUCGCUGGUGGGGAUGGUUCAACAGUAUCGAGUUGCCCUACUACCUGCGAGUCCCCGGCUUCAAGCUGUAUGGAUACGUUUUUGGGGUCAAUUUCGAUGAGAUUGAAGAGCAAGACCUGCACAAGUUCAAGAACUUGGCCGAGUUCUUCUACCGCACAAUCAGACCGGAAUGUCGACCGUUGGAUCCUACAAGAGAUGCCAUUCUGAGUCCCGCAGAUGGACGGGUCAUUCAAUUUGGUGUCAUCGAGGGAGGCGAAGUGGAGCAAGUAAAGGGUGUGACAUACAGUGUGGACGCAUUACUCGGCGAUACCAAGGCACAAUCCGCCAGCAGCAAUAUUGCCGGAUCGAAAGCAUCUCCACAGCCAUCGGGAAAGAGGACAAGAGAAGGAGACGAAGAAACCAUUCGUGAUGACGAGGAGUUCGCUCAAGUGAAUGGCAUCUCAUACACCCUCCCUGAUCUUCUUUCCGGCGGCAACAGUACAGAGAAGAAGUCCUGGUGGCAGCGGAUACGCUCGUCCACAACCUCCUCUUCCAGCCAAGACGAUCAAAGCACAAAAUCCUCCGCCACCUCGGAACAAGAAGUCGCCCGCGAUCUUGCCUCCUCUCCAAACGCCCCGAAACCAUGGUACGCAGCAUCCGCUCCUGAGGUACCGACCACAUUGUACUAUUGCGUGGUAUACUUGGCACCUGGCGAUUACCACCGCUUCCACUCUCCAGUCUCGUGGGUCGUCGAGUCUCGACGUCACUUCGCUGGGGAACUCUACAGCGUAUCUCCUUACCUUCAACGCACCCUCCCGGGUCUAUUCACUCUCAACGAACGUGUUGUCCUCCUCGGAAGGUGGAAAUACGGCUUCUUCUCAUACACCCCCGUGGGAGCCACUAAUGUUGGUAGUAUAAUCAUCAACUUCGACAAGGAGCUACGGACAAACUCCUUGUUGACAGACACCCGUGCGGAUCGCGAGGCCGAGGCGGCAAAGCAGAGAGGGGAGGUCUAUGCUGGGUAUGCCGAGGCUGGGUAUUCGAGUGCGAGCAGUGUUCUAGGAGGGCAUGCGCUGAGGAAAGGCGAGGAAAUGGGUGGAUUCCAAUUGGGAAGUACGAUUGUCUUGGUCUUUGAGGCGCCAAAGGGAAGGAGACCAACUUUCGACGAGGGAUUCCAUGACGAGGGAAGGAAAGGUGGAUGGAGAUGGGGAAUUGAGAAGGGCAUGAAGGUGAAGGUUGGAGAGAGGUUAGGCUGGGUCGAAGAGGAGGACGAGGCGCGAUAG